CGAGCGUUAAUGAGGCCUGAAUUGGGAAAAAAUAUACUAGUUCACUUGGGUUCUUAUCUACCCUUUCCAAACCAACGUUGCAACUAUUUUCGAAUGGAGGAAGUAUAAUAUUACAACACAAAAUUGAAACGAAAUGACCACUAUGGGAUUUUAGAGGUUGUUGUUAGACUACUAUAUCGAAAUCACAGAGCUUCCUAUCAUUAUAAUGACUUUCUUCCAUACACCAUCAUCUUAUAUUGUCAUUUUCAAAUCAUAAUAUAGUUCUUGAUUAUGAUGAACUCCACUAAGUACAUCAUGGUUUGGGGCUAUGUCGGGUGCAGCGGCGAGAUCGAACGUGGAGGUGCGAGGGUUGGGCGAAGUGGCGCGAUUCUCGCAGUAGGCGCGAUGCGAAGCGGAGCUAUCGACUGCAACGACCUUCUGGUGCGGCUCGAUUGACGACGAUUGAAGACAUCAGGGUUGGAGACGGAGAGCGGUUCCAACAGAUUUUUUCGGGAAUGGUGGCGCAAAGUAGCAUCCUUCAGGGCAAAUCGGACGAAACCAUGGCAAAGGCAUAGGGGUGAUCGAUGGUGAUGAAGAAAAGGCGGCCGAAGCGGAGGAAACCAACUUUGGUGUAACAACAUUCAUGGCAAGGGUCCGGCCUCCGCCUAAACCACCGCCAGAGGUUGAACAUUAUUGUUUUUCUGUUUGGUGUGUUUUUCUUGUUUCUGACAGCUCUUGUUUUUCCUUACGGUUUGUUUACUUUUUUGUUGAUUGUAAAACGAUUUGUUUGGAUUUGGAGGUAGGGGAUGAUUUAACUAUGAUUACCGUCACUGGCUCAGUUGUGCCCACUUUUGGAUCAGCGAGUUAUAUUACUGAGGUAGUUGACUCCGACUCUGGUUCGCGGGACGGCGGUUUUCUUAAGUUAUUUUGUCUGUUUUCCUGCUAUCCAGAUGAUUUGAGUUAGAUGUAAGCCACCUUUCCUAAAAAAAAAUGACAGUUGAAGCUUAGUGCUAAAGCGUAGGAUUCCAUCCUGAUAAGAAUAAUAAUCGUGAAUCUCAAUAUAGCAAUUUAUUACUUGAUCG